GGUUCGACGCUGCACGAGCAGGACGAGACUGACGAGAGGAGAGAGACCAUGGCAGACUUGUUCAGGCUCUUUGGUGACAAAAGGCCGGACUAUCGCUGGAUCAUCGCGGGUCCGAGGCGAAGCGGCAGCGGUUGGCACAAGGACCCCAACAUGACCUCCGCCUGGAACGCCGUUAUGCGAGGCUCGAAGCUCUGGUUGAUGCUGCCGCCGGACACAUGUCCGCCCGGCGUGUACGUCUCACCGGACGAGGCCGAGGUGACCGCGCCGCUGUCCAACGCCGAGUGGCUGCUCGGCUUUUACGACGAGGCCAAGCGUAAGCACGGCCCACACAGCAUUGGCGGCGACGGAAAGCUCCUCGAGGGUGUCUGUGUCGAGGGCGAGACGAUGUAUGUGCCCAGCGGCUGGUGGCACUUCGUCAUUAACCUCCAAGAAUGUGUAGCGCUCACGCAAAAUUUCGUCAGCAUAUGCGAGCUGCCCAACGUCCUCCGCUUCCUUAGAGACAAACCCGAUCAGAUCUCUGGCUUCAAAGGUUGCGACGAAGAUGACGACCAGGACGACGCGGAGGAGUGUUCGGGUGGGGUCGGACACAAAGCGGCAUCGUCGCCCACCGCGCGCCUCUACGACGAGUUUUGCAACCAGCUGCGCAAGUUCGAUGCGUGCAUCCUGCAGCACGCUCUGCAGUAUAUCGCGCCCGCCGAGCACACCGCCACCUACGGCCCCUCCUCCGCUCCUGAGCCGUUUGCCAGGAAAGCGGCAGGCGCAAGCACACGCGGCAAGGCCACGACAGCCUCAACGGGCCAGGGCCUCCCGCUGUCCUUUGCACUAGGCGCGCAGCUCGACGAGAGCGAGCUGGGCGACGUACCCUGGUGAGCGAGCAUCUCGUUCGUAAAUUGGUUCGUUCUCUCGUCCAUUGCAAUACAAUCUCUCAAUUGCAGUGAUGUUCUAGUGGAGCUGCCAGACCCAUGUGCGCGUA